AUGGAGUCUCCAGCCGAGCGACGACGGCGGCGGCGUAGGGUCCCCGACGCGGUCCGGAAGAGGGCGUCGCGCGCGUGCGACAGGUGCAAGGCGCGCAAGAACAGAUGCGUCGAGACGGCUUCCGGUAUCUGCGUACGGUGCACCGAGGGUUCCCAUCCGUGCCGGUUCGAUCGUGAGCGCGAUGGCGACGAGGAAGUCUCCGGGUCAGCAGCGACCGUCACGGCAUCGACGUCCUCGACGAAGCCCGAAAACGGUGUUGCGAUUCUCCCCGAGGGGGCAAACGACAGCUUGGACGACGACUGCUCGCCAGCAGCCAGUGUGCCCUCCGAGGCCUUCAUGUGGCCUCGCUUUCUAUCCCGGCUACGAGACGCCUUCUGCCUGGACUCUCAACCGGGACCAGAUGAGCAAGACAUGACGAGACCGCAGAUACGCCCAUCUCGUCCAGCUUCGCCUGACACGGCAGAGCUUCGACGCGUCAAGAAAGCUGUCAAGGGCUUCCCACCGCGGGAAGUGGCCGACUUCCUCGUCUCCGUGUGCAUCGCCUACGGGACGGAUGUCUUUUUCUACCUCGACCAGGCACAGUUCACAGCCGAACUCGACCAAUUCUACACGUGUCAGGUAUCGCCUCUACGACUGGACACGGGCUUUGUGUGUCUUGCCUUGGCGGUGUUUGCUCUGGGUAGCCAGUGGACGGCUAUGGCUCGGCCAGAAGACUCGCGCGUCGAGAACGCGGCCGCUGGUCACAACUUUGACCCUGGCCGCGUCUUCUACGACCAGGCUCGCAUCCUGAUACCUGACCUCAUCGACCGGUCGUGCAUCAGAUCCGUCCAGGCGACCUUCAUCCUUGGCGUCUAUCUCAUGCCGGCCAGCGCUAUCAGCGCCUCAUAUGUUUACAUGGGCCUGGCCCUGCGGAAAGCACUCUCGAUCGGACUCCAUCAAGAGCCCGACGAUCCGGCGCUGAGCUCCGAGGAAAAGGAGGCUCGGAGGAGGCUUUGGUGGUCUAUUUACUCCUUGGAAAGGACCGUCACCAUCAAGCUCAACCGACCACGAUCCAUCAGCCAGGACAUCAUCUCAGCCCGCCUCCCUCGACCAACAUCGCGGGACAAAGUCCAGAGGUUUGAUAACGUCCAGCACCAGAUCGCCAACGCGAACUUCGUCCUCAUCAUCGACAAGCUCUCACAGCCCGGCGCGUGGUCAAGUACCAACCAGCAGCCUCUACCCGACUCAGAUCUGCCCCAAACUCUACAAGACACCAAGGUCUCGCUCAAGACGUGGAAAAAGGACCUGCCGCCCUCUCUCGACCUCCGGAACAUCAACCCCAAGUCCUCCAGCUACCGGGCCGUCUUCCACCUCCACCUCAACUACUACUUCGCCUGGAUAGACAUGGGCAAGGUGUCCGUCGUCACCGUCGUGCGAGCACGUCUCCGCGCAGCGUUCCGCCCCGGCGACGAGCCCCAGGCCAUCAGCCAGAGCAUCCAAAGCUCGGCCGACGCGUGUAUCAGAGCAGCCAAGAAGAUGCUCGACCUCUUCGACGGCCUCUGCCGCGGCGGCAACAUGGCGCGCUUCUCCUUCACCGACUUCCAGGGCUGCAGCAUCGCCACCAUCAUCGUGCUGCUCGCCGGCAUCCUGGACCGCGACGCCGGGUACGAGGGCCGCGUGGGUUUCGGGCUGGACUGCCUCCGCCGGAUGGCCUGUGGCGGGAACGCCACGGCGAGGAUGGGCGUGCGGUUCGUCGAGGCUCUGCAGUCCAUCACGGAUGAAGCGAGGCGCAAGCUGGUGAACGCGCCACGGGAGCGUGGAACCGGGUCUGCUGGUUCAGCAAAAGGGGAAGACGGCUAUGGACGCUGGGCUGAGUGGCUUGCCAGCACGGAGAAUACUACCAUUCAAAACUCCUCGGGUGACGAGUCCGAGUCCGACUUGGAACAGGCAGAGGAGUCGACGAUCAAUGUCGUGGGCGUAUCAUCGUGGCCGCCAGCCCUGCAACCCUCUCCAUGGGAGGAAGAGGCUGCCCUUCAGCUCCAAGAAAUGUCAACAUCCAGGCUUCUGCCGAUUAAUGAUCCAGAGGUUCCUCAUGGUGACCAGGGUUCAAUGGGCAUGCCGGCUUCUGAAGAUGCCUGGAUGCCUUCACUUGCUUGGAACGAUGACCAAAUGUACCUGAUGGGACUAACUGGCAUGGAUGUCCUAGACUUCACGAGCAUGUCUUAG